AUGAACUGGUACCUUACUGGUGGUAUUAUGGACACCAAGGCUGGUUUGCUUGGUGAUGGUGGAAAGAUGUGCCUCAAAUGGUGGGAGAAGAUCCCAAUGAAUAUUAGUAAGAUCCGUCAUCAUUACUACCAGUAUAUUGGGUCCAAGAGAGUCCGCAAAACUUGGUGGAAAAGGCUUUUGGUUUCAUGGGUGGUUGGUUGGACGAUUGGGAGCCUAUGGAUCUUCUGGUACAUGAGCUCACAAGCUAAUGAGAAGAGGAAAGAAACUCUUGCAAGUAUGUGUGAUGAGAGGGCAAGGAUGUUGCAGGAUCAAUUUAAUGUGAGCAUGAACCAUAUUCAGGCCAUGUCCAUGCUGAUCUCGACUUUCCACCAUGCCAAGUACCCAUCUGCUAUUGACCAGGAAACUUUUGCGAGGUACACUGAAAGAACUGCUUUUGAGAGGCCCCUCACGAGUGGUGUGGCAUAUGCUGUAAGGGUGCUCCACUCGGAAAAGGAACAAUUUGAGAAGCAGCAGGGCUGGACUAUCAAGAGAAUGGAUACCCUCGAACAAAACCCAGAUCAUAAGAAUGACUAUUCCCCAGAAGCCUUGGAACCAUCUCCAGUUCAGGAAGAAUAUGCUCCUGUCAUCUUUGCACAGGAUACCGUCGCACACAUCAUCUCUUUUGAUAUGCUGUCGGGGAAGGAAGAUCGAGAAAAUGUGCUGCGCGCAAGAGAAUCGGGAAAGGGGGUUCUAACUGCUCCUUUUCGGCUGCUUAAAACAAAGCGCCUUGGAGUAAUAUUGACGUUUGCUGUCUACAAAAGAGAUCUGCCUUCAAAUGCAACUCCAAAUGAAAGAAUUCAAGCUACUGAUGGGUAUCUUGGUGGAGUCUUUCAUAUCGAGUCACUUGUGGAGAAGUUACUUCAACAACUCGCAAGCAAGCAAACCAUCCUAGUGAAUGUGUAUGACAUUACCAAUCAUUCGCAUCCAAUCAGCAUGUACGGUUCAAAUGUUUCAGAUGAUGGAAUGCAGCAUAUUAGCACCUUAAGUUUUGGAGAUCCCUUAAGGAUCCAUGAGAUGCGCUGCAGGUUCAAGCACAGGCCACCAUGGCCGUGGUUAGCCAUUACAACUUCAAUUGGGAUCCUCAUUAUUGCGUUGCUUGUUGGGCAUAUAUUUCAUGCAACUGUAAAUAGGAUUGCCAAAGUGGAGGAUGAUUUCCAUAAGAUGAUGGAGCUCAAGAAACAGGCUGAGGCAGCUGAUGUUGCCAAAUCUCAGUUCCUUGCAACUGUUUCCCAUGAGAUCAGAACGCCAAUGAAUGGUGUCCUAGGAAUGUUACACAUGCUAAUGGACACAGACCUGGAUGUAACCCAACAAGAUUAUGUUAAAACUGCCCAGGCCAGCGGAAAAGCACUAGUCGCACUUAUAAAUGAGGUCUUGGACCAAGCAAAGAUUGAAUCUGGUAAGCUGGAGCUCGAGGCAGUGCGUUUUGAUCUGCGGGCAAUUCUGGAUGAUGUUUUAUCACUCUUUUCUGGGAAGUCUCAAGAAAAAGGAGUAGAGUUGGCAGUAUACAUCUCAGAUCAGGUUCCUGAAAUGCUUAUCGGCGAUCCCGGAAGGUUUCGGCAGAUUAUCACCAACCUCAUGGGGAACUCAAUCAAAUUCACAGAGAAAGGACACAUCUUUGUGACGGUUCAUCUUGUCAAUGAGCUGAUCGGUUCAAUAGAUGUUGAGACUGAAUCAUCAUCGAAGAACACUUUGAGUGGUUUCCCUGUUGCAGAUAGACGCCGUAGCUGGGGAGGAUUUAGGUGUUUCAGUCAAGAGGGAUCUGCAAGCCAUUUCGCAUCGUCCUCUGAUCUCAUUAAUGUUAUUGUAUCUGUUGAGGACACAGGAGUAGGAAUCCCUCUAGAAGCCCAAUCUCGCGUUUUCACUCCUUUUAUGCAGGUUGGACCAUCCAUCUCACGUACACAUGGAGGAACAGGAAUUGGGCUAAGCAUAAGCAAGUGUUUGGUUGGCCUCAUGAAAGGGGAAAUCGGAUUUGUGAGCAUUCCAAAGAUUGGUUCCACAUUUACAUUUACUGCUGUUUUCACCAAGGCCUUCUGUAAUUCAGAUGAUUUUAAGAUCCAGCAAAUCAACAGCCAAUCAAAUGCUCCAUCCUCGGAAUUUCAUGGCAUGACAGCAUUAGUUGUGGACCAAAGACCUGUUAGGGCCAAGAUGUCAAGAUAUCAUAUCCAACGGCUUGGAAUUCGUGUUGAAGUAGUUUCUGAUUUGGAUCAGGGUUUAUCCAGUUUGUGCUGUGGGAAUACAACUGUCAAUAUGGUCCUUGUUGAACGGGAAGUUUGGGAUAAAGAUUCGGGCACUUCAGCUCUCUUCAUCUAUAAUUUAAAGAAAAUUGAUUGCCAGGUUCCACCGAAGCUGUUCAUUCUUACUAAUUCUAGUAGCUCUUGCAGAAUAAACUCUGCAACUUCAGUUGUCUCUAACCCAACUGUCAUCAUGAAGCCUCUCAGGGCAAGUAUGCUUGCUGCCUCACUACAAAGAGCCAUGGGAGUUGGCAACAAGGGUAAUCCUCGAAAUGGGGAGCUCCCAAGUUUGACUCUCCGCAAACUUCUACUUGGGAGAAAAAUUCUUAUCAUAGAUGAUAAUAAUGUCAAUCUAAGAGUAGCUGCUGGUGCUUUGAAAAAGUAUGGGGCUGAAGUGGUCUGUGCAGACAGUGGUAGAAAGGCAAUCUCACUGCUUACACCGCCCCACCAUUUUGAUGCCUGCUUCAUGGAUAUCCAAAUGCCAGAGAUGGAUGGGUUCGAAGCUACAAGACGAAUACGCAAUAUGGAACGCAAUAUCAGCAACAGUAUUCAAAAUGGCAAAGUUUCUGCGGAGGAUUAUGGAAAUAUUUUAACAUGGCAUGUCCCAAUUCUGGCCAUGACUGCGGAUGUAAUUCAGGCCACCCAUGAAGAAUGCACAAAGUGUGGAAUGGAUGGAUAUGUUUCCAAACCAUUUGAAGCUGAACAGCUCUAUCGUGAAGUUUCACGUUUUUUCCAAUCAACUUUAAAGGGGAAUUUGUAG